AUGGGACCAGCGAAUAUGCCUGGGUUUCAUCAACAAUGCGAUGUCUUCUCCCUACAAGCCCCCUUACCUAGCCACUCGCGCUCACCUUUGAAUGUUUUAGGGACUGCUCGACAGGCUUGUGAUCCGUGUCGAAAGUUCAAGAGACGCUGUGAAUUCUGCCCUCAGGAGAAUGUAUGCACGGGCUGCAAGCACCGUAAUGUCCCCUGUACCAUGACCUCGACAGGGAAGCGACAGCCGGAACGGAGGACAAAUUACAAUAGACCCGUCAAGGAAUUAGAGGAUCGCAUACAAUGCUUGGAACGGAUUUUACACGCAGCGGGUAUUAAUACCGAGUUGCUAGAUGACAAAACGGACGAUGCAGUAUUCCCUGCCGAUACUUUGAAAGCAGCGAAAGAACCAAGAGGCCCACGUCAUGACAGCAUGGGCAUGGGUCAGUUCUUACUACCGUCCCCGAGCUCAGUCCUCGAUACUUCCUUGUCAGAUUCCUCAAUCCUCGAUAUGCAGCCUACGGUUGAUGGCCUUGAAGACUUGUCCGGUCACUCGCUCUCAACUAAGGAUUCCUCCUCAUCGAUAUCUUACUUGAUAGUGGGCGAAGAGCCGGAUAGCUACUUGAGACCAGAGAUCUGGGACCUACACACCCCGUCGACCCGAACGUCUUCCGAGUCUACGACGAGUUCUCCCAUGGCGGUUGCUCCCCAGCUUGCAGCACGCCUGAAAGGGAAUUCUAAUGUCCACGAGAUUGUAUCUAUUGUGAUGGAUACCCCGACACAGUCCAGCCAGGUGCCUGUCGCUAUCGAUGAUAUCGGUUGGCCGAGGACCUCUCUUCCUCCCAAGGAAGAAAUUCUCCCCCUCCUGAAAAUCUAUUUUGAUUUUGUAAACAUCUUAUUGCCUUUAUAUCACGAAGAGACCUUUAUGCGCCUGGUGGUCUCUGCAUAUAGUGGAAGGUCACAUGCAAGCCCGGAGUUAACAGCAAACAUUAACAUCAUGUCUGCAAUCGCGCACAUAGCGGGGUCUACAGGUAAUACCAAGGAAUGCGACCAGCAUUUUCAAAAAUCAAGCGCAUUGGUGCCAUACCUCAUGAUGAAUAGGCCCAGUCUACUUUGUGUCCAGGCAUUUAUCGCAAUGGCGAUCUUUUUGGGGAUCAAUGGUGACAUCAAGUCCGGUUUGCCAUUGAUUUCAGCAGCAUUACAGUCAUCCCAUCAAUUAGGAUUCCACAAGUGCCAGAAUAACGCAGACUGUGAUGGAAACUGGACAGAGCAAGGGAAUCAUGCCAUGGAUGUCGCUUAUAUCCUUGAUGCAAGAAUAUGUGUGCGCUUAGGCCUUCAACCACGGUCCGUUGCUGAUGAUGUGAAUAUACCCCUGGGAAACAACAUGGACCCGCCAGGGCUACAGGGACAGUGGAGCUCCUCUAUAUGUGUCCCUGGUAAACCCAAGUUCUUUCAAGAAAUGGUUCAAUUGUCGGGAAUAAUAUCGGUGGGCUUGCGCAACCUCCGUACAAACGUGCCUCCCACAGCCGGCCUCAAUUGGAUAAGGGACGUCGUGGAUGAUCUCGACUCCCAGGUUGAAGAUUGGAGACGAAACCUCUCAGUAAAAAUAAAGUCCAUACGGAGUCCCGAGGAAGAGAGCCAUCCUUCGAGCCCUUAUCAUCUUUGUCUUCAAAUCUUUUACUACCACGCUCUCAUUGUGGCAUCCCAACCCCCACAGAAUUCCAUUAAUGGCUGCGAGGGCUGUAUUAAGAUUAGUCCCAAAUCUUCAGUGUACACAGCAAUGUUGGUCAUGGAUACUCAGUUUCUACGUUUUCCAAGCGGCAUCAAUACUCUUCACCUCGAUUCUUGGGAGUGCGCGGUCGGGCCAGAUCAGUCAGAUGAAUGGCAAUCGGGGAGCGCUGGUAUGGAUAAUUUCGCUUAUGGUGUAGAACCCCACGAUCUCUCGAAUCUGAGCGACUUUGACUUCGCAAGUGGGAUCUUCGAGGGUGAAUCCUUUCCCGCAGAUCUUCAAAGAUGCUUCUUUGAAAUGGAAGGAUCUCAUUUGUUUGGGCAGUUCUCGGAAUUAGGUGGUUCCCAAGACGGGCUUUCAUUCGGUCUCAAUUUUGACAGCCAUUUGCAAAUGUUGCCCAAUGAGGAUGCCAAUAUGCCGGGAUUAUUCCCAUCUCUAGGCUAG